UCACUGCGCGCAACCACGUUUUUCUUCAUUAUGUAUAAAUAACGGCUGUGAUCAGUUUAAGUUUGGAAUACUUAUAGUUUUUAUUGUGAUAUUUAUAUUUAAUUGUUUUGUUGCUAACAAAAUGAAAAUGGAAAUUGUAAAAUUAUCGAGAACACUUAAUAGUUUUCUAUAAGUACAUUGUAUGUAAUGAAUAAUCAUGGUUCGACAGUGUAUUCUUAAUUACUGCAAUAGUUCAACUAAAACUAUGCAAGACCGUCAAUUUUUUCAUUUUCCAAAAAAAGAAGAACGUCGAAAAUUGUGGUUGCAAAAUAGCAAUGUUGCAGCUGAAAAUAUGAAAAAAUAUUCAGUUUUAUGUGAUAAACAUUUUUCCGAAGACUGUUGGAAGAUAGUAAAUGGAAAGAGACGUUUAAAAAACACUGCAGUACCUACUAUUUUUAUCCAAUCUAGUACUUUAACAGAUAAAAAAGGUGUUACAUUAUCUUUUAAUCAAAGUAUUUUGAAAAGAAAUGUACUGGGAAACGUAAAGAAUAAUUCUGAUUUGUCAAAUGUACUUCCUUCUACUACUGCAACUUGUAUUCCAGCUCAACAAGAAAUUAUGUCUAAACAAGAUGCAAAAAGCAUAUCAACAACAAAAAUAUCGGAAAAUGUUUCCACUGCUUGUCCAGUAMUUGAAAAGAAUUCAGCUUGCUGUGWGGAAUCCAAUUCGUCRCCAUUAACUCCAGCAAAURAUGUUAAAGAUAUCUCAUUGUCAAAUGUAACACUCGAWGAGYAUGCCACAAUAACACAACCAUGUGACACUAAUGAAGAAUUGUUACACGCUUCAUCUGAAAGUAUUGAAGAUACAAGUAAUGGACUCAUGUUUAAAGAAAUUGACAGUAUUUGUGAUGAAAUUAAUUCGAGUGAAAGUCGAGAUCACAAGGAUUGCGUUAAUACAAUUAAAAAAUUAAAAACUUUGUUAAGUAGAAAUCUGAGAACAAUUAAGAUUAUAAAAACACAACAUAAAAAAUCCCGAAAUCAAUUUAAAAAGCAGAUCAAAGAUUUACAACAAAAAGUAUGUAGGAGUAACAGCUUACAAAAUCGAAUUUAUUCUAUUUUUAAUGAAGAUCAAGUCAAACUUAUUACCGGUCUGUGUAAAAAAACUCCAAAAUUUCUAAAUACCACGCUAGAUCAAUCAUAUAAAAUAAAAUUUGCUUGUGGUUUAUCGGGUUACAAAGAGCUUCGUAAACAAGGCUAUCCAUUACCAUCUCCUAGAACAUUAAAUAGAGGUAUCGAAAAUCCUAAAUCUUAGCUGAUUUAUUAAUACUGGAAAUUAAAAACAAAUUGUACGAAUGAUUGAAAUAAUUGUAAAUAUAAUAUAUAUAG